AUGUUAUUUAAACCAAGAAACUGCUCAAAUGUGAUUCAGUUUUCAGCACGUUUCGUAUCUUCAAAAUAUCCCAGACCAUUCCCCAGACCCUACAAGCGACGUUUAUUCGAAGAAAGUUUGAAACCAAUACUUCCUGACACUGUACAAGCAUGUGUUGGUCCCAGUAUUGUCCAUCAAAACAAUUUGCUGAAAGACCAAAGUUAUAUGGACGUGGAGCUGGCUUUGUCCCAAUUGGUCAAAAAAUGGAUUGUCAGUGAAGAAUAUUCUGUUAUUGUUGUAUGUCAAUUCCUUCCUGUCAAUGGACGAACCUUAUGGCUCACAAAAAAUCAGUUACGGUUGAAAGGACUUGAAUUCAGAAACUAUGGUAAUAAGGUCCUGAAAAAAGUCUUCGAAGGCACUGCUGUUCAGUCAUUAGAACCUCUGUUGGUCGGCUCAAACGCUUUAUUGUUUGGAAAAGACCUAAAGAGUUUGAAGUCUCUUAUUGUAGAAACAGAUAAGCUCAAUUGGUUAACUCCUCUCGCCGUUGCCGUGAACAACAGAAUCCUGCCGAUGGAAUAUGUGAGGAAACUAGCGGAGUACAGAGAUAUCGAAGAUGUUCGUGCGGAAACUGUUGGAAUACUGUCAACGCAAUUGAACGAACUUCCAACAAGCUUAGGAAGAUUAGGAGGUGAUUUAGUAGGAUCAUUAAGCCAUUUGUCCCAGAAAGAAUAG